AAAAACCACAUUAAAAUGUGACAUGGGAGACAAUGCAGGCGGAACCCAAUCGAUGAAGGCGGCGGCCGACGCCAUGUUAACCGUCGCCGAGAAAGCUCCUCUUACUUCCCAUAGAAAAGUCCGAUCUGAUCUCGACACCAAGCUCCCUAAACCUUAUUUGGCUCGAGCGGUGGCUGCACCAGAUACGGAUAACGUGAAUGGAACAUGGGGCCACAAGCACCAUAACAUGUCGGUUCUUCAGCAGCAUGUAGCCUUCUUUGAUCAAGACGAUAAUGGCAUCAUCUAUCCUUGGGAAAGCUUUAAAGGGUUUCGCGAUCUCGGAUUCAAUAUCUUCGGUUGUUUGUUCUUCACGGUGCUUGUUCACGGAGCUAUGAGUUAUGCCACUCUACCCACUUGGUUGCCGUCGCCUUUCUUCCCAAUUUACAUAAAGAACAUACACAAGGCCAAGCAUGGAAGUGAUUCCUCGACUUAUGAUACUGAAGGAAGGUUUGUUCCGGCAAACCUCGAGAACAUUUUCAGCAAAUACGCUCACACCAAACCCGACAAGCUCAACUUCAAAGAGCUUUGGGAUAUGACCGAUGGGUGUCGCAAUGCCUUUGAUUUCUUUGGCUGGAUUUCGAGCAAGUUGGAAUGGGGAGUUCUUUACAUGCUCGCAAAGGAUUCAGAAGGCUUUCUGUCGAAAGAAUCGGUAAGACGGUGCUAUGACGGAAGUUUAUUCGAGCAUUGCGCGAAGAUGCAAAAGGGCGUUGUCGGUAAAACGACAUGACUAAGCUUUCUAGUCGUUCUUUCCCUCGUUAUGAUCUUGUAUUUAGCCAGCUUAUUAUGAUUCAGAUUUAUUUAUUCGAUCUUACAUCUUGUAUCCGGGAGUUCCGUUAGUUCAUUCUCGUAUUCUAUCCAUAAUAAACAAUUUCUAGUC